AUGUCUAGUGGUGAACAAUAUCUAGGCUACGAAAUUCUACGUUCUUACUUCGAGAAGCGCGAUACUUGGUCAUUUCGCGAGUUUCUAGUUCUGAAUCGAGAUGAUAUAAUAACAAUUCCUCCUGAUUGUGGUGAGUGGUUUGGCCUUGAAGCAGCCUGGAAGACUCGAUAUCUGAGUGCUAUCAAGGAUUUGAUUCCCGAUAAUUACGAAGCAUUGAAAAAAAAGCUUAACGAUGAGUGUUCUGAUAAAAAAUUAAUGAUGUAUUGGGAAGAUAUCCUCUGUGUUAAAAAAGAAUUGUUGGUGAAAACAAUUCACAAAAGAGGAACUCUGAAUAUUCUUAGUGAAACAGGAAGAUACUAUUCUAAAAAAUUGGCUUUUGACAUAGAAGGUGAAUCUAUCUCAAUAACACCAACUGGAUCCAGUUCAUCAGGUAGGAUGCAAGAUACAGAGAAGGAGUAUAAAUCCGUAAGCAGACUUACCAAGAGAUUUCUGGACAAUGCUGAAACAAGCUCAUCGAAACGGUUAACAAAGGAGACACAUGAACAAGACUCAGAAUCAAGUGAUGGCUUAUACCCCAAUUCGGUUGACCCAGAUUCUGAGGGACAAGAUGAUGGAUAUAUGACUCCAACACCGUGUUCUAUUGAAGAUCCUUUUGCAGAAGGCGAAGAGGUCAUAAUCACUGAUGUCUCUUCACAUAUACCAUCAUCGAGUUCAGAAUUCGACAUGCAUAUAAACGAUGUUAACAUAUCCGCCAGGUUUAGGAAAUAUGUUGACGGGGCUGUAUCACUGGCAAAGACUAAGGGAUUAUACGUCGAGAUGAAUACUCAUGAAAUUUUAUCACUUUCAUCAAUCCUUGUUCUUAUUCCAAACUCGUACCCGGCUAAAAUGGUGGAAUAUUUUGGCCUAGACUUGCUGGAAGCAAUACAUCGAGAAUGUAUGCCGAGGUUAUCUCUACAGUUAGACAUAGAAAUUGAAAAUGUAUAUAGACGCGUGGUGAAAACAUGUUUGAACGAUUCACGUGAGAAGGGUAUCAAACUACUAUCUACAAAUAUUGCUCAAAAAGAUGAACUUAUAGACAAUUUUGGAUUUUUGAUCUUAGAUCUGAUACGCACUCUGCCAUAUGAGAAGAUCAGAAACGAACCAAGUGAAUUAACAUUAAUAACAAACUAUUUAGACAGAAUCAUGAAAAGUGCCUUUCAUAUGCCUGACAAACAUAUAGUUCGUUGGCCGAAUACAGCUCUUACGGAAAGCAAAGUAAGGAAAUUCGAUGGAUCAAGGACGAAACAGCCGGACUUUGUUAUUUCAGUUAAUUAUCAAUCUCGAGCGACAAACGUGGUCUUUGUUGGUGAAGUGACUGGUCCAGCUGACCAACAUAACGUAUAUAAGAAUUGCCUCGAUCUAGUGAGGAUCGGAGUAUUUAUGAAAGAUUGUGUCGAUGCAGCGAUUUCUCGGGAAGCGGGUAUCAAGAUAUUGGGCUUCCAGUGUAUUGCAUAUAAAAUAGAUUUCUACGUACUGGAUCUUCGAGCUCAAGGAUUAUAUACGAUGUCCCAUAUUGCGCAGAUUUCGAGCUCAAAUCGUCCUUCAAAAGACCAACACUGA